UAGACAGGUUUGAAGGCUUAUGGAGACAACUAGCUCAGUUGGGCCAAGCUUGGGAUACCUGUGUUGUAUCCCAGCAUCCAGAGUUGUGUGAGUCGAACAAGAUCCAAGAUGGAGGAAGUUGAUAACAUUAUUAUCCACACUUUACGUCAAAUUGGAUGCGAUAUGCCAGAGGAGGUAGCAUCCAUUAAGGAUUUUACCACUCCGGUCAUCGUCCAGGCAGUGUCAAAAUGUUUACAUGUUAUCAAUGAGGAACUCCAGAUACCCUCUAACCUGCCAGCUAGCAUGUCUGCAAGGUUCAGAAUAGGGACAACAAUGGCAACGGCUUUGCAGGAUCUUGGCUAUCAAGGUGAAAUUGGUUACCAGACUUUCCUGUAUUCUAAUGAGACUGACAUCAGGAGAGUUUUCAUGUUCCUGGUUGAGAGACUUCCAAAGGAGAGCUCAAUGUCUGUUAGUGAGCCUCUAGGUACUUCAGUCCUCUUGAACCAUAGAAUUGCUUCAGAACUAUCCAAGAGGUUAUCUCAUGCGUGGACGCCAUCAUUCUGCCGACAAGGAGGACUAAGAUGGAGGGGGGUCAAAGAAAGGACCUAUGUUAAGGAGGGUACAAGGGAUAUGAGAAGGUACCAUGCCUGUCCGCUUGGGUCCCCACAGGGACUGGCUGACUUGACAGUUAAACUACCGAAGGAAACCAAAGCAUACUACAUGAAUAUAAUGCCAUUCAUCACUAGUCAACCAGCAUGUCCCCAAGAUGUUCCACCAUCUGUACUUGAAAUGAAUGCUCUAUCAGUAACUGCUGCAAGUGAAUGGGAAGUUGAGUGGAGUCAUAGUGGAAUAGCCUCAAGGCUCUCUAAAGAGGAAUAUCUAGCACGUAAGAGGCAGCGCAUUGAGAAGAAGAUUAAAGAUCACUUGCUGACUGAGAUGAAGAAAGUCGAAGCAGGAGGUGUAGCAGAUCUAAGUGAUAUCAUUUCUAUGUACUCUGGAAAGUCAGCAAAUGAUUCGAGAACCAAAGGAUCAAGGUUCACUCGCACUGAAAAGUUACAGUUUGCCCAGGAUGAAGAGAAGGUGGCAGCAAUGGCUGGUCUCAGCGAGGAAGGACCUCCCAAAGCAGACACUGAAGAGGAAUUACAAAAGAAGAGAGAAGAAGAGAUAGAGGCAUUGCAGAAAAAGCUGAAUGAGCUGUCUUCAAGUAUAAGUAACUCAGAAGUGGAAGUAAAGAAAAUCAAUGCCAAUAUUCAGCAGACUAGUGAGAUUAUCUCUAACAAGAAAACCCAGAAUAGUGAUCGGGAAGAAUCAUAUAAAGUCAAAAAGAGAACUGUAGAUCUGCUUCCUGAUGCUGAGAAUAACAUUGCUAAGCUCCAGUCUGAAACUCAAAAGAAACUUGAAGAAAUCAAGACGCUUCGAUCAAAGAUGAAGGAAGUUGCUGAAGAAGCAAGAUCAAAGGACGAUCUCUACAAGCAGUUGGUUGUUGAAUUGGAACGCAUGAGCCGAGAUGUCAACAGGUCAGCGUACACUCGCAGGAUAUUAGAGAUAGUUGGGAACAUCAAGAAACAGAAAGAAGAAAUCAAUAAGAUCUUAAUUGAUACCAAAACAGUUCAAAAAGAGAUCAACCAGCUAUCAGGAAAACUUGAUCGUACCUUCACAGUCACUGAUGAACAAAUCUUCAAGGAUGCCAAGAAAGAUGAAGCCUGCAGAAAAGCAUACAAGUAUCUAGCAAGUCUCCACGAGAACUGUAAAGAACUUAUCCAGGCUGUUGAAAACACUGGUUUUAUCAUGAGAGAAAUAAGAGAUCUUGAAGAACAGAUCGAUAAUGAGACUCAAAAGAACACAGGCAACAACUUGGAAAGGAUUACCGCUGACUACAAACAAAUGAAGGAAGAAAAUUCUGCUCUCACUAAGAAAUUUAAAGCCCACAAAUCAUGAAAAUUUGAUCCACACAAAAUAUCUAGAAUCCAUAAUAGAAUAUCAAAUUAUUAGUCAAUCAAUUAAAUCAGCAGUGAAAUUC